CAUAUUACACAAAGACUACGUCAUCCAUGACCAACUAAACUCUGAAGCGUCGUUGCUCAGCGAAAAUACAACUCAUUGUGAAGAGGCGCACGCGCCCAAGUUGAAUUUUUGAUUUCGGAAUGUAGCAAAAGCAAGCACGAAGAUAAUGAACGUCUUUCAACUUGUGAGCUGGAAUUCCUACGUGGUAGACUGAAAAAUUCUUCGUGACAUCAACUCAUGCUAAAAGGAGGGCCUCUAAUGGUCUAACAUUAACAAUGUUGACCGGAAAGCGAUCACUGAUGCGCCUAUAAAAUGAACGCUAUGCUUUGUUUUAAAUUCAAACACAUAACGACUUGUGGCUCAAACUGUGUUCAAUUGUCAAAGAAGGAGCGCAGCAACAUCGAGUAGCAUUCAAAAUCCACUAUCAGCAAUAUAAUCAUGCCUAAAACUAAAGGUUUUCACAACGUUGUCAUCGUGGGUGACAGCAAGGUUGGUAAAACAUGUUUACUAUACGCGUACAAAGACGGUAAAAUGCCUCAAGAAGAGAAAAUUCACGAUUUCCUUCCAACCUUUUCUCGAAAAGUCAAAGUUGACGGUCGCAAGAUGGAGUUAGGGAUUUGGGACACCUCCGGAGAUUCGCAAUACGAUGGUUUACGAAGACUCGCAUACCCGAGUGGUGAUGUCUUUGUCCUAUGCUAUUCGGUGGAUAAUCGCCAGAGCUACGAGAAUAUCCCGAAAAAGUGGCUUCCGGAAUUGAGAAAAUUGGGGCGACCAAACGCACCUGUAGUUGUGGUAGGGUUGAAACAGGAUUUAAGACCACGUACCAGUCUGAUGCCGAGUUCGAAUGGUGGCACAGAUGGAACGAGCACACGUGACCAUUUUGUAGCGUACGACGAAGGUCUUCAACUAGCCAAUGAGGUUCGAGCGUGGGGUUUUCUUGAAUGCACGGCACGCAGAGAGGAUAGCGCUUGCAAUGUUUUCGGAGAGGUGGCCGGGGCCAUUCUAAAACAGGAGAAAGAAAGAAAGGGAUCCAAGUAACAUUUGCUAAAAAAUGAUGGCAUGCUUGCUGCUUAUUCAUGUAUAUAUAACUUUCUAUUAUAAUACUAGCAUUUUUUACUAUGAAGGAAUUACGAUGUAUGUUUUCAAGUUUCCGUUGCCUUUUGCAACGGCCAUCGACAGAGACGUAACUAGAGCUCCUCAACAUUAGAAAGGCGGCGAGGAAUAAAGUCACCCGGCUAAAGGGCGGCAUUUUGUAUAUUAUUGCAAAUUAAAUCGCCUUGAAUUUCAAUUAUCUUCAAAAGACUUUCUUGUCCCAGCGAGUUCUAAAGUUGAAUCCGACCUGGAAGUUUAGAAGUUUUUAUGGUUUAUUGAAUUUAAUUUAUUUCUGUUAAUUGCAACAGUUGUAAUAGAUUUUAAUUUAUUUUAUUUACAUUUAAUAUAUAUUUCAUUCAAUAUUCCAUAUUUAAUUAUCCAAACUUGAGUAAAUAUGCAUAUAUUACAUUCAA